GAGCCGGCGCUCUCAGCUGGGCCCGCGCGCCGCGGCCCCGCCCCUGGCCCGGGCAGGGUGAGGAGGAACCGGAAUCGCCACGGCCCCAGCCCGGCCCAAGCCCGGCCGAGCCUGGCGGCGCUGGGACCGCGGCUGGGUUUCGGAGCAGCCCGGGGAAGAGGUCGGCCCCACAGCCGGGAGCGGGGCUGCCGCCGCCAGCAAAACUGGGAGGGCCGCUGGGCUUCGCGCCGGCCGCCUCCGGAGCUGGCGGGUCUGGGCGCAGCCCCGAGGCUGCGGGUGCCGGAACAGCCGAGGCAGCCGCCGGCGGCGGAGCCGGAGCGCGGAGGCUGCGUGACGGCAUUGAUGCGGCAGGAUGACAGUGAAACUGGGAGAGAGCAGCGGGGAGGAAGGGGUGAAAAAGCUGGGCAAGAGAGCAGGAGGAGAUGAGGAGUCCCUGGAAGAAGAAGGGGCAGGAGGAGGAGGAGAGGCAGCUCCAGGCAGCAGCAGCACAAAGAAAGAAGAGAAGAUCAUUAACAGCAACACUACCAGCAGCCCCCCACCGAACCCCAACUUGUCACCGGCCCCUGCCUCUCUUCAGCCCUCCCAGAGCCAGGACCAGCAUCAUUUUCUCAGGUCCAGUGUCAGACCGCAGAGCAAGAGACUGAAGAAGGAUUCCCAGGCAUCCUCCUCGGUUGGCAGCAGCACUGCCGGGAAGGGCAAAGCAGCAGAUAAUGGAGGGACUGCACCUGGUGGCACAUCAGGAAUUCCUCCCAGCAAUCCUGCUGGGAAUUCCAAGUCAGCGGCAAGGAAUCUGGGUUCCUCAUCAGGAGAGAAGGAAGAAGGGAAGAAGGUCCGACGGCAGUGGGAGUCAUGGAGCACGGAGGACAAGAAUACUUUCUUUGAGGGACUGUAUGAGUCAGAUAUUGUGGGGGGAAUGCAGAGGAAAUGUAAAGAAUGCUCAGGGAGAAAAUCAAUGAUUUCAGUCCAGCUACUUAACACAUUUCAUGGGAAGGAUUUUGAAGCUAUCCAGAACAACAUUGCCCUGAAAUACAAGAAGAAAGGCAAACCAGCAAGCAUGGUGAAGAACAAGGAGCAGGUCCGGCACUUCUACUACCGCACCUGGCACAAGAUUUCCAAGUACAUUGACUUUGACAAUGUGUUUUCUCAAGGGCUGAAAAAAUCUUCCCUGGAGCUGUAUGGCUUAAUCUGCUAUGGGGAACUAAGGAAAAAGAUCGGGGGAUGUAUGGAUGACAAGAAUGCAGCUAAACUCAAUGAGCUCAUUCAAGCUGGGGCUACAACUGUUCGUUACAAAGGCAGAAACCUGCGUAUCAAAGCUCCCAUGUGCAGGGCUUUGAAGAAGCUCUGUGAUCCAGAUGGUGUAAGUGAUGAAGAGGACCAAAAGCCAGUACGACUUCCCCUCAAGGUCCCUGUGGAGUUGCAGCCACGGAAUAACCACGCAUGGGCUCGAGUACAGAGUCUUGCCCAGAACCCACGGCUUAGGAUGAUCGUGGAGUUACAUCGGAAGGUCUCCAGCCUCCUUGAAUUCCUGAAGCAGAAGUGGGCUCUACAUGAAGUGCGGGUUCGUAAAACACUUGAAGAACAGCAACUUCAAGACUCCAGAGACGCAGAAACAAGAGGCAGCUUCUCAGAGGAGAAAGUGAUGCUCCAUCUCUUUCCAGGGGAGAACUGUACCCUCACUCCACUGCCUGGAGUAGCCAGAGUGGUCCACUCCAAGGCCUUCUGUACUGUGCAUUGGCAGGAAACGGGCAAAUGCAAACAGAACACAAAAGACUCUCACUUACUCCCCCCUGCCCAAAUCCUUGGCAUACAGAGUGGUCAGGGGACAGCAAGGGGACAGCUGAAAUACCUGCGGGGGAUGGAAAGUAAAGGUGUGGGAAGGGGAGAGAGCACUACAGAGCCCAGCAGAACCUUGCAGCCUACAGCUGAAGUUUCUGCAAGCACUGAAGAUGGUGCCCCAGAGCCUGUCCUGGUGGAAGGAACAGCCUCAAAUCUUGGCAUCACUAAUUCCCUCCAGAAAUCACCUUCUGGACUUCAGGAUCCAGGAGGGCACCAGGAAAAACUGAGCUCAGUGGCCCCCUGCAUGGAGAGCAGGGAGGCCCUGGCUAAUGACCAGGCAGGUGUGCUACCCUUGUGCAGCACAGAGUGUGCUUGCAGCAAGAUCCCUGAUGUGGAGGAGCUCUCUCUGCUCGAUCCAUUCCCACGGUACAUGAAGUCCUGCCAGGACCUAAUUGUCCCAGAGAAAUGUUCUUGCACAGACAAACUGCAUGGGAAAGACUCUGCUUCAGCAGCUGGUAAUGCUUCUCCAAUGGUUUUUCCAGGCAGGAGGAGUGCAGAGACCUCUGACUCUUGUUCCCAGUUACUGAGAGGUGGUGUGGCUUCCCCUGGCAGCGGCAGAUGUGAAACUCAGGCCAGCCACAGCCAGGGCCAGCAGCUUGAUGCUUGUACCAAGGAUAUCAUGGAUGCAGUAAUGGAAGAUUCUCAAGAGAAGCUGGGCUCCUUGUUUCCACCUCCACCUCAGGGACAAUCCAGUACAAAGUCUCUCAAGGAUGACCCAAGUCGACUCUCCCAACAAGUUAGAGAAGAAGGAUGGAGUCUGCGAACCUCUGAGAGCCUUACACUGGCUGAAGUCUACCUCAUGAUGGGCAAACCGAACAAGCUGCAGCUGGAAUAUGACUGGUUGGCUGUCUUGGAGCCAGAAACCCAGCAUGCUAGAGAGCAGACAUCUGAGUCCAGUGCUGUCCCUGCAUGUCCUACCUUUCACAAGCAGAGGCUCUUGAAUUGCCUUCUGAGACUCAUCUCUACUGAAGUCAAUCCCAAACCAAUGCCUGAGAUGAGCUCCAUUGCCACAUCACCUAUAAAGCCUGCUCAGGAGGAGCAAUCCCUGACUCCCCCGGGAAAGGUGAUUGCCAGCAACACCAGGAGUCCAGGCUGUGCACGGAAUCAGUCUGCCCUUCGUAACAAGACCUUUUCUCCGGGUGCUGCUUCCAGCUCCUCAGGUUUGAGAAGCCUCCCUAGACCUCUCUUGGUGGCUAGUCCUUCAAGUUCUGGGAGCACAGAGGCUGACAGUGGACUGUUUGCAGUCCCUACAACCCUGCCCCCCAACAGCCGGCAUGGGAAACUGUUCCUGCCCAGCAAGGAAGCAGAGCUGACCUUCCGGCAGCAUCUGGACACCAUCAGUAUGCAGUCGGACUUCUUCCUUCCAAAGCCCAGGAAGUUACGGAACAGGCACUUACGGAAGCCACUGGUAGUACAGAGAACACUGCUCCCCAGACCAUCUGGAAAUCCAUCCCAGCAUGUCUGUUCCUUUUCUAUCUUGUCCAACUCAUCCAUUACAGGGAGAGGUUCAUUUCGGCCAAUCCAGUCCUCACUGACUAAAGCUGCUGUUUCUCGUCCAAUUGUGCCCAAAGUUCUUCCAACACAGGCCACCAACCAUCUGUCUAGUGCUAUUGACUUGGCAGCUAAAAGUGCUGGCAUUAUCCCUGGUAGUCCCAUGCCUGUCCUGGAUGCAGAUGGCUUGCCAGGUGUGUCUCCAUUGUCACCGGAUGCAGUGCCCCCAGUAGUGACAGGGCAGGAGCCAGCAGCAGCACAUCAGAACGGAGGCUCCAUCAGCACUGUGGAGGGCUCAGGCCCAGGGUGCCGGGUGCCAUACAUCAGCCUGCCAACCCGGCCCGAGCAGGAUGGCUUCCAGGGUACAUCAGUCCUUUCUCUACCAGAACUGGCCAAGACUUCUCUCCAGAAUGGUCUGUCCACCCCUCCACUUCCCUCAUCAGAAACUUCCAGUACUCGGCUCUCUCCUCCGAAUGUUUCUGCUCUCUUGGAUAUUUCUCUGCCUGGACCACCUGAAGAUGUGCUUUCCCAAGGCGAACCUGCCACUCAGAUCAGUGAUUCCAUCAUUGAAAUAGCCAUUAGCUCUGGCCAAUACAAUGAAGGUGUUUCUCUCUCUCCUGCAAAGCUGAAUGGCAGUGACAGCUCCAAAAGUCUUCCGUCCCCAUCCAGUAGUCCUCAGCAGAACUGGAUUGCGUCUCCCACCCAUGAUCCCCAGUGGUACCCCAAUGACUCCACAGACUCCUCCCUCAGCAGCUUGUUCUCAAGUUUCAUCUCCCCAGAGAAGGGACGAAAAAUGUUACCAACUCCAGCUGGGAACACCAGUGGCACCUCCUUACUGGGACCCAGCCUGCUGGAUGGAAACUCACGGGACUCCUUUGUGUCGCGGUCCCUGGCAGAUGUCGCAGAGGUGGUGGAUUCCCAGCUGGCUUGCAUGAUGAAUGAGAACAGCAUAGAUUACAUAUCUCGGUUUAAUGACCUUGCCCAGGAACUGUCGAUACCUGAGCCCACUCGCAGGGAGAUCCUAUUUGAUGGAGGAAGUGGUGGUCCCCCGACUGGGGAUCUGUCACAGUAAGGGAAUGACCAGCAGGCUGAUACAGACUGUUCAGCUAAGUUGGAGCUUGCAGAGCUGGAACUUAUCGAGGGCAGCAGCAGAAUCUGAGUUAUCCCUGUUCUGUGUGCUUCUUUGUAACAGAGAAGCACUGGUUUCAAAGGUCUCAAGAAGUACUUGCAAGUCCUGGAAUGUGCAAUAUGCUGGCAACACCAGAACAUGGAAUAACAUUACAGGAGAUAGUGUGUCCCUGCAUCGGUGGUGUAAGAUUGCAGGUUUGUGGGACAGUCCUGGACUUGUACUUUGGAAUAGCCUAAGCAAGCAGCUCAAGUAGGGAUGGGAUUGCCACAAGCUCCUGUUUAUGAAUUAUUGUUUGUGUAGUGAUCAAAAUGCCAUGCUUUUGGAUCCCCAUGAAAGUUGUGGAAGAUGAAGUGUAGGUGUGGGUAGGGGAACUAUUGUGUAUCUUGACAUGUCCUAGUUGGCAGUCUUCUUACCAUUCAGUCAAACUGAAGUUCUUGCACUCUGUCCAGGACACUGCCACUCCUUCAUGCUGUGUUCUUACAGACUACUCUGUUCCUUUGUCUCUUUGACCAUUCCAGCGGCGCUCACACCUGCUUGCUUGUUUGGUAGGGGAGCUCUGAUCCGCCCUCCUCCCAUGCUGCUUGGAUCCCCUACUUUUAAACCCCAUCACAUCACAAUCAUCAUCACCCUGACUGCACUCAUAUUCUUAACCUUUGAGGUUCUUCAGCACAUUGCACAGUUCACUCUGUGAGUGGGAGAGUGCUUUAUUGCUCUCCCUGAAGAACAGUUGCUUUUUAGGUCUAGAAACAUGGCAAAAGAGCGUACACUAGGAAAACUGUGUCAUAAUUAGUCUUGGCUUUGCUGGAAACAUAAAUAUUGUCAUCGUCACAAAACCUCAGGAUUUACCUGGGAGAGGAAAUAGGAAAGAAUAUUGUAAUGUGUAGGAACAAAUACUAGGUUAACACUAAAGCAGUUGAGAUUGGUUUUAUGUUAUGAAGAGAAGUCUCAAGUCCUAGCUUAAUCCCUUAGUCCUUCCCUACUUCCUCUUUCUUCUGUGAGCUCCAGAUGCUCUGUAGUACCUCACCAUCAUUCUUCAUUACAGUCACUCCCAGGCAUGAGUGGGUCUGGCACUCCCUCUCUGAAAUUUCUGUGCAUUUAAUGUUGUGUUUUCCUCUAGGAAAAACCCAGAUACUGAUUCCAGUGGCUUCAACAGGAUAGCAAAUUAAUAGUUAAUCCAUAGUUAAUUUCUGGAGAGCUGGUUGUCCAUCAAUUCUAGCUUUAUAACUCAGGCGACUUUUCUUCCCUUUCCUUUCUUCUUUCCUUUCCUGUCCUGUUGUGCCCCUUUUGUAAGCACUUGUCCUUUUCUCCGGUUAGAGGAUGUUCCUUGGCUGGUAUGAGUAGCUCUAAACUUUUCCAAGGGGCUGUUCCUAUAUACAUCUCAACUUUGUAUUAAUAAUGAAUAAAGAAACCUUCUCCAUCCCAUAGGCUGUUAUCAUGGGUUCAUUUCCCAACUUGCACUAUACUUGGUGGAUGUAGUUUUGCCUGCCUUUAGCUACUUGUAGGAGGCAUUUCUUUGACUGGGAGUCUAUUGUACCUUGCUCACAAUGCACUGACACUGUUUGCUGUUUGCCCAGUUCCUACACUCUGCUUUAGGCUGAUGAUUUUUAGCCUCUAGGGAGUUGGCCUUGUGUUUUCUGUAUUAGGAGAAAAUUGAACAAGUUUUCUGAUGCACACAGAGCCUAGUUUGAGAAUUCUGACAGAAUUGUCAGGAAAUCACAUAAAUCUGGAGUAGGAAAAGUUGAAGGCUAUCACAGAAAUGAAUGCUGGGGCCUGUUUUGUUCUGAGCAUUCCCCCUUGGUAUGGAGAAGACACCUGUUAAUCUCAAGAGUCAUGCCCACUAAAACUUUUCAGUUUUACUUA